AUUUAAAAAAUUAUUCACUAUUUGCAUCAUCUUUCUAUCAGCAACUUCAGAGCUGUUACAACGAGUACUUAAAUAAACAGGCAUCUUGGUAUCCAUCGGUGUGACUGACUGACAUCUGAUAAGCAAUUAGUAUUUUGUGAUUUAGGAAUUCAACAAUAUUCUUUUGGCAAUGCUGAUUUUGACAUAAGUUAUAAGCUCAUAAUAGUCCUAGCAUCAUAUUACCUCUAUAUGUACUCUUUGUCCAGUGAACACCUACUAGCAAGUGAAGACAGAAGGCAGAUAAUCAAGCCAAAAGAUCCAAUUACGCAACAACGAUUCAAUUCACGUAAUCUAAGUGUCUAUCAACAACAAAAGGACGUAAUUUGCUUUUAGCAAGACACACUACGUCUCCAGACGAAUAAAGUAUAUAUAUAGAGCCUCUACGAAGCGACUAUUGCAUUACAUCCUUUAUGUAAUAGGAGUAGACGGGUAUACUGCGCCGUAAGAGAAGCAAAGACCAAAAAAAAAGAGAAGAAGAAGUUGUAAAGGUUAACAUAAUAUACAAAAGAUAAGUGUCUUAUUUACCAUUCCUUGCAAUUUAUCGAAAAAUUUAUUGGUACGUAGACGAACUACGGAUGCUAAAAGCUAUGAAGAAAAUAAGAGAACUUGAAUUAAAUGAAAAUGAUGAAGAAUCCGAUAGUGGAUCGGAUUCCGAUGAACAUAAUGUUGCAGAAAUUGAUAGAUUAUUUUGCGAUUGUAUUUGUAUUAAUGCAACGUUGAUUAGGAAAAAUGAAUACGUUCUUCACGUAGAUGCUACAAGGGAAAGUAAUCCAAAUGUAGUAGCAACUCUUUCGGAUCACUCAUGUGUUGUGUAUAACAUUCACGGUAAUCAGGUUGCAAAAAUAGAAGAUUUCACCGAACAUACCAAUAACAUAAUUGAUUGUAGAUUCAGUAGCGGCAACAACAAUUUGAUAUAUACUGGGGCCAGCGAUGGUGUUGUCAAACUCUGGGAUAUUCGAACACCAAAUAAAUCUGUCAUUAACUUUACAGACACCACUGUGGAAAAUGGAAAAGACCAGAAACCUUUCAAUUGUUUUGACAUUUCAUGUAAUGAUAGACUCUUAGCAGCUGGUACUGAUUUAUCAGGAGGAGACUCUUUUUUAUUAUUUUGGGACACACGUAGUAAAAAACUACUGGGGGGAUACUGGGAAUCACAUACCGAUGAUAUUACACAGGUUAAAUUUCAUCCAGAUGACACGAAUAAGCUAAUAUCUGGCUCAACUGAUGGACUGAUAAAUGUAUAUGAUUUAUCACAAACUUGUGAGGAUGAUGCGUUGAUAGAGUGCCUGAACACAGAAUCUUCUAUUGAACAACUAACGUGGUUUGAGAAAAAUAAAAACUAUAGCAUCAGUUGCAUUACCCACACUUCAGACCUACAGCUAUGGAAUACAGAUGAUGCGGAGCCUUAUAAGAGAAUCAAUCGAGCUGAACUUGCUAAAGAAAUAAAGAAGAAGAGUGAAGACUACAUUUACAUGGCUACGAGUCAUCAAGGCAAAAACUGUCUGGUCAUUUUGGUCGGUUCCAACUUUGGUAACGGUGAAUGCCUGAGGGGCCUGCUAGUGAAGGACAGGAAAAUUCAUCCAUACAUUGGUUUCAAAAAGAACAAGCAAAGGAUCAGAUGCAGUUGGUACAAUCCAGACGUGAAUAUUCUUUUUCAUGGAUAUAAGAAAUUCAGUUAA